GUUAGUUCUCAAGUAGUCAGGUAGUUUUGUUUAUCUCUAGAUAUUUCAACAGGUUUGUAGAAUUCAUGAGUUUUCUAGAAAGUGGUCUUCUCCUGUUGCUAGGAUAUAUAAAGGAGUGUGAAGCUGUAACUUGAAGCAAGAAAGUUUUGAAUUGGGGAUGCUUGGUUAAGAUGAACCCUGAUAAUAGGAAUAUCUUAAAUGUGGCAAGUCCUGGUCCUGAGGUAGGAUUGUCAACAGUCUAUUUUAAUGUAACAUCUCAAACUUAUCCAGCUGUUUACAUGUCGAUAAUCCCCCAUGAUUUUCUGGCAAAUAAAACCACAUGUACUAAUUUCAAUGUCAAAGGUGAUCCUUAG